AUGUCGGUUGCAGCAAGCGUUCUCGGCUACGCCGGUCUCGGUUUCCUCACACGUUGCUAUGCUCUUGGUCUUCAGAAGCGAAACAUCUUCGAAAACUUGGGAGGUCACGCAAUGUUGAUGACCGCUUUUGGUGGUUUGGGAUACUACAUCCACGGGUUGGAAGGUCGUCAGUUGGAAUUGAUUGCACAUAAGAAGGAACAGAUUUUGAAGAACCGAGAACGUUUGGCGGCCAGGUCGCAAUCCCACAACAAUGAAGAGUAG